AUGCUGAACUCGUCCCGUGUGUGGGAGAGUGUGUUCGACAUCGUGCCUUCCUUGGGGGACAAGCUCUUACAGCGGAGGUUGAAUAAACGGAUCAACCACAAUCUAUACAGGCUUCGGCCAGAUUAUGGCCCUUCUAGCCAACACCCGCUGGUCAAUGACGAUAUGCCCAACAGGAUCAUCUGUGGGUCCAUCAAGAUCAAGACAGACAUCAAACGGUUCACCAGCACGGGGGUGGAGUUUGUGGACGGGACAUUUGAGGACAACAUUGAUCUGGUCGUCCUAGCCACUGGUUACUCCUUCGGGUUCCCUUUCAUUGAUAAAGAGGUGAUCGAUGUGAGCGAGAACCACGUGCAGCUGUACAAGUACAUGUAUCCUCCGGAGCUCCAGCAGCAUACCCUGGCCAUCAUCGGUUGUUUUCAGCCGCUAGGGGCCAUCAUGCCGAUCUCGGAGCUACAGUGUAGACUGGCGACUCGGGUGUUGAAGGGGGAGGUGGUGCUACCGUCCAAGGAAGAUAUGUGGAGGGACAUCAGGAGCAAGGAAGCAGCCUUGGCCAGGCGAUACACCAAGUCUCGCAGACAUACGAUCCAGGUGGAUUAUAUCCAGUUUAUGGAUGAACUGGCCCGAAUAGUUGGAUGCUCUGUGGAUUACUUGGAUCUCCUGAAGAAGGACCCAGUUCUGGCAGUAAAGGUCAUCUUUGGUCCGGUCACACCUUACACGUACCGUCUGUGUGGACCUGGUAAGUGGGCGGGCGCUAGAGCUGCCGUCAUGAACCAGUGGCGUCGGAUUGAAGCCCCACUUCAGACCAGAUCUUUACCGUCUGCGAAACCUGGACUCAGAGACAACUUUCUCAAACUGGCAGCACUUCUCCUGGCUGUUUAUAUUUUGUUUGCCUUUUUAUUUAACAUAAUAUUUCAAGUAAUAUAA